UUUUGGACCAAUCAUCGCUUGGAAUUUACCAGCGCACGUUAGGACUUCCGUUUGUCUAUUGAUGUCGUUUGUGUGUGUUAUUUAUUUAAUUGUAUGUACAAAUUGCUGAUUAUUGCACACAAAACACACGGACUCUGUUACUGAAAUGUAACGAGUCACUGAAACCAUUAGCAUAUUGCAGACACGAAUAUCAAUAUUGUAGGACGCGUCGCGGACGAAGUUGUCCUUUGUUUUGCCAGCCUGCAGUGCAAGCAAGCUAGCUAAACUAGCUAGCUACGUUAGUUAGCAUCUCUAAACAGUGUUCUUUCUUGGAAAAUCUGAAUCAGAUCAGCAACUUCAAAAAGCAAAAUGACUUCAGCCUCAACGAAGGUAGGUUGGUUUUAGCCCUAUUUAUAUAUAUUUGUUAUUUAGCAAGAUACUGCAAAAACAUCUAGCUAAUGUUCAAAAUAGCAAGCUAAUUUGAAUUGGUACCUGUGUAAAACAUCAGCUAGAAUUAUUCCAAAGAUAAAUAUGUAUUUUACUGUCUUUGCUAUACCAAGGAAACUCUUUUGAAAAUACAUUAUUCGUUUUAUGACAAGUCAAGCACCAAGGACGUGGCUGAAUGAAAGUUUUGGCAAAGUUGGCAUGUAUGCACUUCUUUCUCACGUCCAUGUCCUUUGUGUGUAUAUAAGCCACCACAUGGUGGCGCUGUCUGCACGGUGCAGAAACCCCUCAUCAAUUAUCUCCUCUUAGAAUAAACAUGAAUUCUGCAUUAGAGCCGUACAAAAUACAAAACAAGUAAAAGAUGGACAAGUCCUGUAUUGAUAUAAUAUGCCAUCAGGUUUUGCCUUGCAGUUGUCAUACAGUCGUUCAUACAUACCAGGGUUGGGUUCAAGGCCAGUCAAUUCAGAUAGUAAACCAAAUUCCAAUUCAAAAAUGUUCCUCAUUCAAAAUCAUUGAAGAGAAUUGACCCCAACCCUGACACAUGGUGUACUGUACUCCAAACAACCUCAGCUACUGCCUCAAAAUAAAAGAGGAAAUAGGAUCAUUCAAAAGGUAUUUGUGUUUUUAAGUUAUUUUCUGGGUUCAUGUCUCAGGUUGGAGAGAUCUUCUCAGCAGCAGGAGCAGCUUUCACCAAGCUGGGUGAGCUCACCAUGCAGCUGCACCCCGUCUCUGACUCCAGCCCUGCAGGGUGAGGGCAACACAUACACACACACACACUAGGGUUGGGCCGAGAUACAUGAUUAAACCAAAUAUUGUGAUGUUUGACAUUGAGGAUAUAUUGUGAAGUGCAAGACUAUUUGAACUUUACAAUUCAAAACUGUGCAGUUUUAUCAGUUAGGCUUUAGGAUUAUGUUGAAAAUGAAGUCUAAAUGAAUUAAGUCAUAUUUUUUCGCCAUACGAAGAUCAUUUAUUGAGAAUACGACUAUAAUAUCAUAAUAAACACAAAAAUUGCACAGUCCGUAAUAAUUUAGUCAUUAGCAGCGCAAAAUGAUUAUAUUGGAUAUUUGGAGUAGCGUAUCGUAGAAGAGGUGUCCCCAAAUAUCGCCCAACCCUAACACACACACACACCAAGUUGCAUGUAGAUAAAGAACUGUAUCGAUUGGCCUAUGUAGAGUUCUAAGUCUAGUCAACAUUAGAAGUCUGUCUAUCUACUGACCACGACUUGGUCAUUUUUGGGCUUGUGUCACUGGUAGUACACUCUCUGAUUCAUUAGCUGUGCUCUGUGGAAUAUCCCUGCCAAGAAAAACACUCAGCGGAAACACUGCUGCGUCAUUACCACGAAGCACACAACACCCACCCACGCCACGUCCACCCUUUCUCAGUCACUGGGUGGUGGAGGUGAUCCUCUCAGUCUGAGGGGUUCUGAACGACGAUGAGGAAAUAGAGCAUCAAUUGCUGAUCACCGACAGUGUAACCGGUGUGAAAUGGCUAGCUUUUUAGCGGUGACGUCACUCGCUUUGAGACCUUGAAGUAGUUGUUUCCCUUAGGUAACCAUGCUUCGUGGGUGACUGAUGUCGAUGUGUUCAAGGUUGGGGCAAAGUGAGGAAUGGAAGCAACACUGUUACAUGAGCAUAAUGACUGAUCUACAAAUCAUAAUGGGUAGUUAUUUAGGAUGCAAGGUGAUUUGUAGGUAAGGGAUUCUGCAAUCUGUGCAGUCCAUCUGCAAUGUAGCCUGGUGGAUCUGAAACACGCCCUGUGUGUCGUUGCAGAGCUAAAUGGACGGACACUGAGAUUGAGCAGCUGAGAUCGGCCGUGGUGAGAUUUGGUGAUGACCUGAACUCUCUCAGCUCUGUCAUCAAGGAGCGCACCGUGUAAGGACACACUCUCCCUCUUCUUAGAAUAUUCUCCUUUCUCUCCCUCUUUUCAUUCCUAGUGGCCUCUAUCAAGUUGUAUAUGUCCCAUGCACAAGUACAGUGAAAUGCUUAACUUGCAAGCUCUAGCCAACAGUGCAGUAAUAUCAAAGUAGUAUAACAAAUAAUACAACAAAAUAUAUCUAAUAAAGAAACAUCCCUCUUCAUAUAUCAUUUAUUAUCUUUCUCCUUCACCCGGUCUCACUGUCUUACCCCUUGUGUCUUUCUCUCAUUGAACACUUCACGUCUGAGUGGUGUCCAGUCAGAUAGAUAUUUUAAGGUAGCUAGCUCUAAAGCAAUAGGAAGAUGGUCUAUCAGUGACACAAGCCCUGAUGAGCUAAAACCAUCACUAGAUCUAAAAUAUCACAUUCCCAUUUUUUAUACCCACACAUCCAUUGUACUGUCUGUCUACUAGUGCUAAAGAUCUGUAUCAAAUCAUGAGGGUUUACCUUUUUAAAGUAUUUGAUGACAGGUUACUGGUUGAAUCCCCACCACCACCGCUAACCUCCCACCUCGUCUCUCCUUCUCAGGGCUCAGAUUAAAACUACAGUCAAGAGGAAGCUUUAUGACGAGAGUGGAAUGCCCAUCUCCACCGACUCCCCAAAGAAGACAGUGAAGAAGACCGCUGUCACCACGGCUACCACAACUGUCAUCGCUGUGCCAACUGCUCAGGUCGUCGUGCCGGCAGGUCUCCAGGGCAACGUGACCGUGGCUCCUCCCGCUAUGAAGAAACAGAAGACCUCAGGUGAGUGGAGAUGGAUGGAUGGAAGAAGGAAUCAUUUAAUCAAUCAGCUUUGUAGUCAUGUCCAUCUUGGCAAUGCUUUUUAUUCACACUCCUUUCUUCACAGACACACUGAAAUACAUUUUAGGGCACAUAAUGAAGACAUGAAGUGUGGGAACCUCCAUUAUUGACAUAUUAUCAAAGUGUAAUACUGAUGUAUUGUUUUUCAAUGUGUGGGGGAAAAAGUCCAUGCAGAUCAAAUUAAAUCGUUUCAACUGAAAAUAUUUAGUUUUCUUGUCCAUAUCAUAUUUCAAACAAAGAUUUUUGCAUUUUUACAUUUAGCUAACCAUCCCAUCCUCUCUUCUUGCCUAUGUGUUAUAACGUGUUCCAGCAGACGUGACCCUGAGUGCUCUGAAUGACUCUGAUGUGAACUCUGACCUGGUGGACAUAGAGGGACUGGGAGAGGGAUCCAACUCCAAGAAACUCAACUUCGAUCAGGGUGAGAGAGACAACGGCCUUCUUUACUACUAUUCACUACUACUGAUCGUGGUAAUGCACAGCCUUUGCUAUUGACUGAUUGUGGGGAACCCAAUAAUUAGGCUACUGUUCAUCAAUACCAAUCUAUUACUGUAUCAGAAAACUGUAGGGCAAUUCCACGGAAAGGAAUUUUGCAGAGUCAAAAAACAUUGAUUUCAACGUUUAACAAACCAUACAACUCUACGCACAACGACUGAACAUUUUACAAAAACACAUUUACUGAAAGAACUGUGCAGAUGCAAAGUUUGGUAACAGAAUUUCGGUAAAAUCUCCCUCUUUAUGCGACCACAUUUUCCAAAAAUUCGUAAAUAUCUGCUCCGAAUUAAGAUUCAAUGAUGUCUGCAGAAAUAAUGGGGCGUCAGCGAUGACAUGAGACAUUGACUUUGAAAAAGUCUCUUUUAGUUAUAGAAAUACAGUAAGUGAAGUGGAUUUACACCCUGUAAUGGAAUUGUGGUAACGGAAUUUCAUCAUGGUUCUCUGAUCUGUACUACACAGAAAUGCAUAAUUAUGGAUAUGAAUGUCAUUGUUUUCAUUGUGAUGUAUCCUAAAUAGGUAUACAAAGAUAUAAAUAUGCAAUAUCCUCCUUUGCAUAUCUGGGUAUUAUUCUACACACUGGCUAUUAUUUGAAUGAGCAAACAAGACCAAAUUUGGUUGGUCCGGACCAAAUCUGAACCAAUCAUAGAUGUCAAUGUUUCACAAGUUUGGACAUCAAAGUACAGCACAGUAGAGCUCAGUAGAGUUCAGCACAGUAGAGCUCAGUAGAGUUCAGCACAGUAGAGCUCAGUAGACUUCAGCACAGUAGAGCUCAGCACAGUAGAGUUCAGUAGAGCUCAGCACAGUAGAGUUCAGUAGAGCUCAGCACAGUAGAGCUCAGCACAGUUCAGCACAGUAGAGUUCAGCACAGUAGAGUUCAGCACAGUAGAGCUCAGCACAGUAGAGUUCAGCACAGUAGAGCUCAGUAGAGUUCAGCACAGUAGAGUUCAGCACAGUAGAGUUCAGCACAGUAGAGCUCAGUAGAGCUCAGUAGAGUUCAGCACAGUGGAGCUCAGUAGAGUUCAAUAGUGUUCAGCACAGUAGAGCUCAGCAGAGUAGAGUUCACACACAGGAGAGUUCAGCACAGUUCAGCACAGUCGAGUUCAGUACAGUAGAGUUUAGUACAGUAGAGCACAGUAUAAUUCAGUAGAGUUCAACACAGUAGAGCUCAGUAGAGUUUAGUACAGUAGAGUUCAGUAGAGCUCAGCACAGUAGAGCUCAGCACAGUAGAGCUCAGUAGAGCUCAGCACAGUAGAGCUCAGCAGAGUAGAGCUCAGCAGAGUAGAGCUCAGUAGAGUUUAGCACAGUAGAGCUCAGUAGAGUUUAGCACAGUAGAGCUCAGUAGAGUUCAGCACAAUAGAGCUCAGUAGAGUUCAGCACAAUAGAGCUCAGUAGAGUUUAGUACAGUUUAGUACACUAGAGUUCAGCACAGUAGAGUUCAGCACAGUAGAGUUCAGCUCAGUAGAGUUCAGUAGAGCUCAGCACAGUAGAGUUCAGUAGAGCUCAGCACAGUAGAGUUCAGUAGAGCUCAGCACAGUAGAGUUCAGUAGAGCUCAGCACAGUAGAGUUCAGUAGAGCUCAGCACAGUAGAGUUCAGUAGAGCUCAGCACAGUAGAGUUCAGUAGAGCUCAGCACAGUAGAGCUCAGUAGUGUAGUACAGGAGAGCACAGUAGAGCUCAGUAGAGUUCAGCACAGUAGAGUUCAGCACAGUAGAGUUCAGCACAGUAGAGCUCAGUAGAGUUCAGCACAGUAGAGCUCAGUAGAGUUCAGCACAGUGGAGCUCAGUAGAGUUCAAUAGUGUUCAGCACAGUAGAGCUCAGCAGAGUAGAGUUCACACACAGGAGAGUUCAACACAGUAGAGCUCAGUAGAGUUUAGUACAGUAGAGUUUAGUACAGUAGAGCUCAGUAGAGUUCAGUAGAGCUCAGCACAGUAGAGCUCAGCACAGUAGAGUUCAGCACAGUAGAGUUCAGUAGAGCUCAGCACAGUAGAGAUCAGUAGUGUAGUACAGUAGAGCAGAGUUCAGCACAGUAGAGUUUAGUACAGUAGAGUUCAGUAGAGUUUAGUACAGUAGAGUUCAGUAGAGCUCAGCACAGUAGAGUUCAGUAGUGUAGUACAGUAGAGCAGAGUUCAGCACAGUAGAGUUCAGUAGAGCUCAGCACAGUAGAGUUCAGUAGAGCUCAGCACAGUAGAGUUCAGUAGAGCUCAGCACAGUAGAGUUCAGUAGAGCUCAGCACAGUAGAGUUCAGUAGAGCUCAGCACAGUAGAGCUCUACAGAGUUCAGCACAGUAGAGUUUAGCACAGUAGAGCUCAGAGUUCAGCACAGUAGAGCUCAGUAGAGUUCAGCACAGUAGAGCUCAGUAGACUUCAGCACAGUAGAGCUCAGUAGACUUCAGCAGAGCUCAGCACAGUAGAGCUCAGCACAGUAGAGUUCAGUAGAGCUCAGCACAGUAGAGUUCAGUAGAGCUCAGCACAGUAGAGCUCAGUAGAGUACAGCACAGUAGAGCUCAGCACAGUAGAGCUCAGCACAGUAGAGCUCAGUAGAGUUCAGCACAGUAGAGCUCAGUAGAGUUCAGCACAGUAGAGCUCAGUAGAGUUCAGCACAGUAGAGCUCAGUAGAGUUCAAUAGUGUUCAGCACAGUAAAGCUCAGCAGAGUAGAGUUCACACACAGGAGAGUUCAGCACAGUAGAGCUCAGUAGACUUCAGCACAGUAGAGCUCAGUAGACUUCAGCACAGUAGAGCUCAGCACAGUAGAGUUCAGUAGAGCUCAGCACAGUAUAAUUCAGUAGAGUUUAGUACAGUAGAGCACAGUAGAGCUCAGCACAGUAGAGCUCAGCAGAGUUCAGCACAGUAGAGCUCAGCAGAGUAGAGUUCACACACAGGACAGUUCAGCACAGUCGAGUUCAGUACAGUAGAGUUUAGUACAGUAGAGCACAGUAUAAUUCAGUAGAGUUCAACACAGUAGAGCUCAGUAGAGUUUAGUACAGUAGAGCUCAGCACAGAGCUCAGUAGAGUUCAGCAAAGUAGAGCUCAGCAGAGUAGAGCUCAGCAGAGUAGAGCUCAGUAGAGUUUAGCACAGUAGAGCUCAGUAGAGUUUAGCACAGUAGAGCUCAGUAGAGUUUAGUACAGUAGAGUUCAGUAGAGUUUAGCACAGUAGAGCUCAGCACAGUAGAGCACAGUAGAGCUCAGCACAGUAGAGCUCAGUAGAGUUCAGCACAGUAGAGCUCAGUAGAGUUCAGCACAGUAGAGCUCAGUAGAGUUUAGUACAGUAGAGUUUAGUACAGUUUAGUACACUAGAGUUCAGUAGAGCUCAGCACAGUAGAGUUCAGCUCAGUAGAGUUCAGUAGAGUUUAGUACAGUAGAGUUCAGUAGAGUUCAGUAGAGCUCAGCACAGUAGAGUUCAGUAGAGCUCAGCACAGUAGAGUUCAGUAGAGCUCAGCACAGUAGAGUUCAGUAGAGCUCAGCACAGUAGAGUUCAGUAGAGCUCAGCACAGUAGAGUUCAGUAGUGUAGUACAGUAGAGCACAGUAAAGUUCAGCACAGUAGAGUUUAGCACAGUAGAGCUCAGUAGAGUUCAGCACAGUAGAGUUCAGCACAGUAGAGCACAGCACAGUAGAGCUCAGUAGAGUUCAAUAGUGUUCAGCACAGUAGAGCUCAGCAGAGUAGAGUUCACACACAGGAGAGUUCAGCACAGUUCAGCACAGUCGAGUUCAGUACAGUAGAGUUUAGUACAGUAGAGCACAGUAUAAUUCAGUAGAGUUCAACACAGUAGAGCUCAGUAGAGUUUAGUACAGUAGAGUUCAGCACAGUAGAGUUCAGUAGAGCUCAGCACAGUAGAGUUCAGUAGUGUAGUACAGUAGAGCAGAGUUCAGCACAGUAGAGUUUAGUACAGUAGAGUUCAGUAGAGUUUAGUACAGUAGAGUUCAGUAGAGCUCAGCACAGUAGAGUUCAGUAGAGCUCAGCACAGUAGAGUUCAGUAGAGCUCAGCACAGUAGAGUUCAGUAGUGUAGUACAGUAGAGCACAGUAGAGUUCAGCACAAUAGAGCUCAGGAGUUCAGCACAGGAGAGCUCAACACAGUAGAGUUCAGUACAUUAGUGUACACAACUCAAGUGUGCUCAACUCUACUGAACUAUACUGUACUUUUCUUUACUGUCCCAACUGUAGUUUGUGGCUACUAUGAUUUCCCAUUGUAGCUAAUUCAAUUGCAGAAAUUCCGUUACCAAUUUGGUAAUGGAAUUUCAAGUUUUAAUCACUUAAUACAUAAACAAAAUUAAUAUCAGCGAAAACACGAACUACAGUGAGGGAAAAAAGUAUUUGAUCCCCUGCUGAUUUUGUACGUUUGCCCACUGACAAAGAAAUGAUCAGUCUAUAAUUUUAAUGGUAGGUUUAUUUGAACAGUGAGAGACAGAAUAACAACAAAACAAUCCAGAAAAACGCAUGUCAAAAAUGUUAUAAAUUGAUUUGCAUUUUCAGGAGGGAUAUAAGUAUUUGACCCCUCAGCAAAACGUGACUUAGUACUUGGUGGCAAAACCCUUGUUGGCAAUCACAGAGGUCAGAUGUUUCUUGUAGUUGGCCACCAGGUUUGCACACAUCUCAGGAGGGAUUUUGUUCCACUCCUCUUUGCAGAUCUUCUCCAAGUCAUUAAGGUUCCGAGGCUGACGUUUGGCAACUCGAACCUUCAGCUCCCUCCACAGAUUUUCUAUGGGAUUAAGGUCUGGAGACUGGCUAGGCCACUCCAGGACCUUAAUAUGCUUCUUCUUGAGCCACUCCUUUGUUGCCUUGGCAGUGUGUUUUGGGUCAUUGUCAUGCUGGAAUACCCAUCCACAACCCAUUUCCAAUGCCCUGGCUGAGGGAAGGAGGUUCUCACCCAAGAUUUGACGGUACAUGGCCCCGUCCAUCGUCCCUUUGAUGCGGUGAAGUUGUCCUGUCCCCUUAGCAGAAAAACACACCCAAAGCAUAAUGUUUCCACCUCCAUGUUUGACGGUGGGGAUGGUGUUCUUGGGGUCAUAGGCAGCAUUCCUCCUCCUCCAAACACGGCGAGUUGAGUUGAUGCCAAAGAGCUCCAUUUUGGUCUCAUCUGACCACAACACUUUCACCCAGUUCUCCUCUAAAUCAUUCAGAUGUUCAUUGGCAAACUUCAGACAGGCAUGUAUAUGUGCUUUCUUGAGCAGGGGGACCUUGCGGGCGCUGCAGGAUUUCAGUCCUUCACGGCGUAGUGUGUUACCAAUUGUUUUCUUGGUGACUAUGGUCCCAGCUGCCUUGAGAUCAUUGACAAGAUCCUCCCGUGUAGUUCUGGGCUGAUUCCUCACCGUUCUCAUGAUCAUUGCAACUUCACGAGGUGAGAUCUUGCAUGGAGCCCCAGGCCGAGGGAGAUUGACAGUUCUUUUGUGUUUCUUCCAUUUGCGAAUAAUCGCACCAACUGUUGUCACCUUCUCACCAAGCUGCUUGGCGAUGGUCUUGUAGCCCAUUCCAGCCUUGUGUAGGUCUACAAUCUUGUCCCUGACAUCCUUGGAGAGCUCUUUGGUCUUGGCCAUGGUGGAGAGUUUGGAUUCUGAUUGAUUGAUUGCUUCUGUGGACAGGUGUCUUUUAUACAGGUAACAAACUGACAUUAGGAGCACUCCCUUUAAGAGUGUGCUCCUAAUCUCAGCUCGUUACCUGUAUAAAAGACACCUGGGAGCCAGAAAAAAUCCUGAUUGAGAGGGGGUCAAAUACUUAUUUCUCUCAUUAAAAUGCAAAUCAAUUUAUAACAUUUUUGACAUGCGUUUUUCUGGAUUUUUUUGUUGUAAUUCUGUCUCUCACUGUUCAAAUAAACCUACCAUUAAAAUUAUAGACUGAUCAUUUCUUUGUCAGUGGGCAAACGUACAAAAUCUGCAGGGGAUCAAAUACUUUUUUCCCUCACUGUAAUUGAUAGGUCUACCCUUUCUUGUUACUUAUGUGAACUUUCAUUUAAAAAAAUACGGGCAUAAAGAUAUACUGAACAAAAAUAUAAACGCAACAUGCAACAAUUAACGAUUUUACUGAGUUACAGUUCAUAUAAGGAAAUCAGUCAAUUAAAAUUAAAUUUGUUAGGCCCUAAUCUAUGGAUAUCUCAUGACUGGGCAGGGGCGCAGCCAUGGGAGGGCAUAGGCCCACCCACUUGGGAGUCAGGCCCAGCCAAUCAGAAUGAGUUUUUCCCCACAAAAGGGCAUUAUUACAGAAAUAAAUACUCCUCAGUUUCAUCUGCUGUCCCAGUGGCUGGUCUCAGACAAACCCGCAGGUGAAGAAGCUGGAUGUGGAGGUCUUGGGCUGGCAUGGCUACACAUGGUCUGCGGUUGUGAGGCCGGUUGGACAUACUGCCAAAUUCUCUAAAAUGACAUUGGAGGCGGUUUAUUGUAGAGAAAUAAACAUUACAUUAUCUGGCAACAGCUCUAGUGGACAUUCCUGCAGUCAACAUGCCAAUUGCAGGCUCCCUCAAAACUUGAGACAUCUGUGGCAUUGUGUUGUGUGACAAAACUGCACAUUUUAAUGGCCUUUUGUCCCCAGCACAAGGUGCACCUGUGUAAUGAUCAUGCUGUUUAAUCAGCUUCUUGAUAUGCCACACCUGUCAGGUGGAUGGAUUAUCUUGGCAAAGGAGAAAUGUUCACUAACAGGGAUGUAAACAAAUUUGUGCACAAAAUUUGAGAUAAAUAAGCUUUUUGUGUGUAUGGAACAUUUCUGGGAUCUUUUAUUUCAGCUCAUGAAAACGUAUAUAUUUUUGUUCAGUGUAUAUGGGUUUUUGGUAAUGGAAUUUCAAGGCAAUGUUUCUUAAACUUACAGAAGGCAGAACAUUUUCUCAAAUGAAAUGUGUUGAUAUUAGUUGCAGGGGUCUUUACUUCAACAUUGUGUUUUGAUGUAUUUCUAAGACUUUUUCUGGUAGAUGUUUAAGACUCCUUUUCCACCUGUUUGACCAUAAAUCAAAGCCUUUGCUUAAUUCUAAUUUCUGGGAUGGAAAAUGGUUGAAGAAUGUAUAUAUGCCGUCAUUUAAAAAAUAAUAUAGACCCUAACUUUCAUUUGACAUGUUCCUAUGAACUUUAUCUAGAAUAUAUAUAAUUUUUAGAUCAACUUAGAUCUUGCAGAAACUAUACUGUGUAACAGAGUUUCUGGAAAAAGUAAAUUCUAUGUUCUUCCACUAUUUUUCAACGAAAGUGUUUUUGUGUGCUCUCCUCUACAGACAACCUGAACCUCGACUCCGGCCUCAUCAUGAACUCAAGUGACCUGCCGCUCCUCUCUCGUUGACCUCACCUUUGACCUUUCAGAAGGUCUCUGGUUGCAUCCCAAAUGGCAACCUAUU